ACUCUCUCGCCCUCUUGGGCCUGAGAACCGUCCCAUGGCCGACCAGCUCCUCUCCACUGUCCCUCACCACCACAGCCUCCCGGAAAACUACAUCCGGCCGGAAUCUCAAAGGCCUCGCCUCGCCGAAGUCAUCAGCGACGCCCACGUCCCCGCCGUCGAUCUGAGCUCACCCGAUAAGUCUCAUGUGAUCGCUCAAAUCGCCGACGCCUGCCGAUCGUACGGCUUCUUCCAGGUGUUGAACCAUGGAGUGCCAGUUGAGCUGAUGGUGAAGAUGAUGGUGAUCGCUCUGGAAUUCUUCCGCCUCCCUCCGGAAGAGAAGGCGAAGCACUACUCGGAUGACCCGGCCAGGAAGAUGAGGCUGUCGACAAGCUUUAACAUCCGGAAGGAGACGGUCCAUAAUUGGAGAGACUAUCUUCGUCUCCAUUGCUACCCUCUGGAGGACUACGUGCCCGAGUGGCCUUCCAAUCCUUCUUCAUUCAAGGAAGUGGCCAGCGCUUACUGUAAGGAAGUCCGUCAACUAGGUUUUCGGCUCCUGGGAGCAAUAUCUCUAAGCUUAGGGCUGGAGGAGAAGUACAUGGAAGAGGUUCUGGGGGAGCAAGAACAACACAUGGCCAUCAACUACUAUCCCAAGUGCCCUCAGCCGCAGCUCACAUAUGGUCUGCCACCCCACACGGAUCCCAAUGCUCUCACAAUUCUACUUCAGGAUCCCGACGUCUCUGGCUUGCAGGUUCUCAAACACGGCCAAUGGAUUGCGGUGCAUCCCCAACCCCACGCCUUCGUCAUCAACAUCGGCGACCAGCUGCAGGCAUUGAGUAAUGGUAGGUAUAAGAGUGUUUGGCACCGAGCUGUGGUGAACUCAGAGAAAGAGAGGAUGUCAAUAGCAUCAUUCCUCUGUCCCUGUAACUGCGCCAUCAUUAGCCCUCCGGAGAAGCUCAUCAGCGAGGCAUCUCCGGCCAUGUACAGGAGCUACACCUACGAGGAGUACUACAAGAAGUUUUGGAGCAGAAACUUGGAUGACGAGCACUGCUUGGAGGUUUUCCGAAGCUAAGGUGUAUCUAUCAAUGAACACUGUGUUCGUUGGACAAUGCCACCCUAGUUAGUAAUGUUGGGAAAGAAGGCAUGAGGCUAAAACAAGUGAUGUUACUGUCGGCUUUGUUACGGACAAUGUAUUGGGCCUGGGCCCGGCCCAUUAGUAGCCCGUUGUCAGGCAUGUACGGUGGCUCAUCGAUCAUGCCCAUGAACUGUUCGAGGUUAUGCGUAAACGAACAGUUUCAUGUCCA